AUGCAUUCUCCAAAGGUAACUCCUCAGUCUGGACUGACAAGAUUUCAAUUUAGAAUGGAGAGGUCAAUGGGCUUCAUCUGGACCUUCCUACUGAGUGCAGCACCAUCAUCACCUGGCUGUGGAGGUAUUCUUACAAAUUCUUCAGGGAAAUUCUCCAGCCCCAAGGAACCUACAUACUCAGUGCCCUUCAAGUGUACCUGGUCUAUUCAAGUGGCAUUCUCUCUUCUAGUCUCACUGGCUUUUCCACACCUCAAUCUCAGUUCUGUAGAACUGAGAACGCAGUUCUCUAGAAAUGCAAGUCACUCCUCUACUUGGUUUGAUGGCUAUGCUGAACUGGAAGCUGUUCUAUCUUGUGGAGGUCUACUUGUCCAGCCCAAAAGAACAUUUUCUAGCCCAUCAUAUCUGGAAAAUUAUCCACACAGUAUGCAAUGUGUUUGGGAAAUUGAAGUACCAAAAACAUGCAGAUAAGCCUUACCCUGAAAACAUUUGGGUAAGGAUGAACACUCCCUUAGCUGUUCUUCGAGUCAUGUUGACAUCUUUGAUGGAUCCCAGAGCUCAUCUGAUCUCCUGGGGCGUUUCUGUGAUGCUUCCAAUGAGACAUUUUUGUCUUCUUCCAACAAGAUGAAAGUACACUUUUCUAGUGACUCAUUUGUCAUCAAAUCUGGAUUCCAGGCUUCUUUUUUUGCUCUUCCACAGCAUAAUAAUGACACAGCAUUGUCAUGCACAGAAGAUCAUAUGUAUACAGCAGUCAAUGACCAAUAUCUGGAGUCACUAGGUUACAGUGCUCAGAACAUAUCGUUGUACAACUCAUCCUGUGAGCCUGAAGUCAUCACAAACUAUGUAAUAUUCAGCAUCCCAUUUAAUAGUUGUGGAACUGUCACAGAGGAAAAAGAUGACACCAUCAUCUACUCCAAUGUGAUUUCCACGAACCAAUCUAGCAGAAUCAUUUCCAGGCUAAAGAACUUCCACUUACAUCUCUCCUGCAGAAUGAAUAAGAAUAUCAUGGUAGAAGUCAAAUACUUGGCAGCUGACUCCAUUGAUAUUUCCAGAUAUCAAUAUGGCCACUAUGGGCUGAAGGUCUCAUUUUAUGAAUCUCCAUUGUUUGAACAUCCAGUGACUGAAUCCCCAUAUUAUGUAGAACUCAACAAGGAUGUUUUCUUUCAACUCAUGCUGAGUCACUUUGACCCAAAUCUGGUGCUUUCAGUAGAUACUUGUGUGGCCUCUCCCUUUGCUGAUGAUUUUAAAACUGUGACCUAUGAUUUAAUUCGACAUAGAUGUGUGACAGACUCCACUUAUACUGCUUUCUCUUUCAACCCAAAUGUUGUCAAGUUUAAAUUCAGUGCCUUCAAGUUUCUUAAGGAACAUGAUGCCGUUUAUCUGAAAUGCCAAAUGGUGAUAUGCAGAGCAGAUGAUGCCUCCUCUCAAUGCUUACAAGGUUGCACACUCAGAUCUAAGCGAGAAACACAACCUGAGUGGGACAAUUUGGAUGUUGUUGUGAGUCCCAUUCGUCAACGGAGGGAUACAUCUCUGGAGGAAAAGACUGGUAAUUGGAACUCACUGUGUAAACUCUUCAUAACUCACACCCUUUCUACCUUUCUAAUCUUCUUGCACAUUCAUCCCUUCCAUGAAAUCUAUGAUCCAGAAGCAGCUUCCCACCUUAACCUCCAUUGUCUGAAUCCCUGCCUUUUCAUUGGUUAUCUCUAUGGAUAA